AUGGAACCUGAAGAGUACAGAAAGAGAGGUAAAGAGCUGGUGGAUUACAUUUGUCAGUAUCUUAGUACAGUGCGAGAACGGCGAGUGAACCCCGAUGUACAGCCAGGUUACAUGAGAUCCCUCCUGCCGGAUAGUGCUCCAGUAGAAUCUGAGAGCUGGGAAAACAUCUUCAGGGACAUUGAAGAUAUCAUUAUGCCAGGGGUGGUACAUUGGCAGAGUCCGCAUAUGCAUGCAUAUUUUCCUGCACUUACAUCCUGGCCUUCUUUACUGGGAGAUAUGUUGGCAGAUGCUAUAAACUGCUUGGGAUUUACAUGGGCAUCUAGCCCAGCAUGCACUGAGCUGGAAAUAAAUGUCAUGGAUUGGUUGGCUAAAAUGCUGGGGCUUCCAUUUCAUUUUCUACAUCAUUACCCAAACAGCAAAGGAGGUGGAGUGCUACAAAGCACUGUGAGUGAAUCCACCUUGAUAGCUUUACUGGCAGCAAGGAAAAAUAAGAUCUUGGAAAUGAAAAUUUUAGAACCAGAUUCAGAUGAUUCCUUCCUAAACUCCCGUUUAGUAGCUUAUGCAUCUGACCAGGCCCAUUCUUCUGUGGAAAAGGCUGCUUUGAUUUCAUUAGUAAAGGUCAGAUUUUUACCAGUGGAUGAAAAUUUCUCACUUAGAGGAGAAACUCUAAAGGAUGCUGUGGAAGAAGACAGGAAAAGAGGGCUUGUUCCUAUUUUCGUUUGUGCAACUUUAGGAACAACUGGUGUCUGUUCAUUUGAUAACCUAGCAGAGCUAGGCCCAGUGUGUGCCAGAGAAGGCCUGUGGCUUCAUAUUGAUGCUGCAUAUGCAGGAACCGCUUUUCUUUGUCCAGAAUUCAGGUCACUGUUGAAUGGAGUGGAAUAUGCUGAUUCUUUCACCUUUAAUCCUUCCAAGUGGAUGAUGGUUCACUUUGACUGCACUGCUUUCUGGGUGAAGGACAAAUACAAACUGCAACAAACAUUCAGCGUAAACCCAAUUUACCUCCGGCAUGCAAACACUGGAGCUGCCACUGACUUCAUGCACUGGCAAAUUCCCCUGAGCCGCCGCUUUCGAUCUCUAAAACUUUGGUUUGUGAUUCGAUCUUUUGGUGUAAAAAAUCUUCAGGUGCAUAUCAGACAUGGAAUUGAAAUGGCCAAGUAUUUUGAAUCUUUGGUUAACAAUGAACAGCUGUUUGAAAUUCCUGCGAAGCGACACUUGGGAUUGAUUGUAUUCCGCUUAAAGGGUCCUAAUAUUUUAACUGAACAAGUUUUGACUGAGCUGACAAAGUCUGGAGAUAUGUUUCUUGUACCAGCAACUAUCAAUGAGAAGCUCAUUAUCCGUUUCACAGUUACUUCUCAGUUCACCACAAGGGCAGAUAUUCUGCGUGACUGGAACCUGAUACAUCAAACAGCCAUCAACGUGACCAACAAGCAUCACAAUCUCAACAGCACCUCCAUAAUCUCUACUGACAGUGAAAAAGUAAAUAGUUUCCAAAAGAUCACAGUUCAGCCAAAGCAUGCAUCCUUUAGCCCUAAAAACUGGGCAGCGCACAUUUCUCAAGAUGAUUUGGAUCCUUUUGAAGAUUGUUUUCCAGACCACAUAACAGUAGAUAACAAACACAGGCCAACAUCUUUCAAGUAUAAAUAUUGGUCUGUCCAAGAAAAGAAAAAGACUGCCCGCUCUCUUAGCUGCAACAGUGUCCCACCACAUAACCUUAGGGAAGUAACAAAUGAAAAUAUAGUGACACCAGAAGAGCCCCCAAAAGAUGGUAGCAUUUUUUCUAAAAUCCCUGGAAAAGUCAUGAUUCUUGAAAAAAAUGCAUUCAGAAAAUUAAUAAAGUUUUAUAGUGUACCCAGUUUCCCAGAAUGCAGCAUUCAAUGUGGCCUUCAACUUCCCUGCUGUCCACUACAAGCACUAGUGUAA